AUGGAAUACUUGGCGAAUAUACAGCUGUUCAUGGAGGAUGUCAACUUCGGCAAGGACAACGUGGUGUUGGGCCACUUGUCACCUGAAAAUCGACGAAAGCUCCUGCGCGACAAAAGGCUGAAAGACAAACUUAUAAGGAAUGCCCUCUUGAUGAAGAACAGAUUCGUCUUUGCGCACAAGGCCACCUCUCUCUACAAUGAGGUCUCUGAUCUUUUCAUCAUGCCGAGUGUGCGAUGGGCCACAAAAUUCCAGAUGAUCGAUGCGGCAGAUGACGUGCUGAAAAAAAGAGUCGAAGAGAUCGAGGACUGGGACGGGAGGAUUUGCGGCGAGGCAGCUGCCUUGAUCAAAAAGAGGGCCGAGGAGCUUAACAAAGGAUUGGAGGCCAUGAACCGUGAGUUGCUUGAGACCCUCAAGGAACACGCACCAAGCCAAACCUUGAGGUCGAUGGGCGAGGCCACUAAAGUCUGA